UCCCGCGCUUUCGAUGUUACAUCAAAAUGAUCAGACGGUCAAUCAGGAGUCGGGAUGCUUAUGGAACCAAGUUUCUACCGGGCAUAAAAGUAGUGGGAGAAGGGAUACCAUCUUAAUGAAAGAGUAGCAAACAUAUGCAGUGGGUGAUUUUCUUCGUUGCGGAGAGAGUUCAUCAAGGAAAUUGCCAGGAAUUUACAAUUCAUGCGAUGGGGAACUAUAUUCGUUAGGUGAAAUACGUGAGGUCAUCGAGGGCGAGAGAACGCAUAUUUUCUACUUGACAUGUUUUCUUUUUUUUUUACUGAAGCUGAUUACUGCUUGACAACUUUAUUGGAGACAGAACUGACGAACUGAACUUCUUAGUUUUUUUAACUUCAACAUGUGCAGUGUCUUUCUAAGCAAAUCUGAAGACGAACCGUCGGAAUAAAGAGCGGAUCAAACACAUAUUGUUUAGCUUUUUAAGUGAUCAUAAUUCAUUCACAGAAAAUUUUUGAAGCACACGAAUAAUCAUGAGCAACAACAAUUCCCGGUUUCCAUUUUUUCAGCGGCUGAACAUACGUAUCAAUUCCAGCAUCGCCAAUACCUUCCACGGGGCUCGUGCCGACUCCGUAGCAUGGCGUCGCCAGAACUUUGGCCACCAAACCAACCCGAUGUACAACCACAUCUACUUGGGUGGGAUUGGGACCCUGCUGGACCACUACGAGCAAAGGGAGAGCGAUGAGGCCUUCCAAAAACUACUGGUCAGGCGGUUCGAGAGGAUGUUGUAUAACAGGGGCGCUGGGAAGAUACUCACGAAGCAGGAGUAUGCAAGGUUCUGGAAGACGCUGAGGAAUGCCGAUUCCGUUGACUCGGGUCGGAUGCGGGAUAAGGAUCUCGUUCGGGAAGUCGACCGGUGGUUCGCAUCGGAGUUCCAGGACUGCGUUUACGAGGAGCACGAGGUGUGCUGGGACGUCAGACAACGGGGCGAGGUCGGGGAAAACAUUUUCCAUCUCUGCUAUCUCAACAAUACUGAGGUCCACCAAGCCAUUGCUGAACAUCUACUCACCCUCUACCCUAAGCUCGCUCUUGAUAUCUAUGAGGGUUUCGAAUACUACGGUGAAUCUUGUCUCCACAUCGCAAUCGUUAACCACGACCUCCAUUCUGCAAAGUUGCUGUGUAAUUGCGGAGCUAAGCUCAACCAGAGGGCUACUGGCAGGUUCUUCCGACCAUCAAAGAACCUAACAGAUGGUGUGACUGACAAGGAUGAAGAAAUAGACUGUCGAGGUCAAGCCUACUUUGGGGAGUUCCCCCUGGCCUUUGCCGCCAGCCUAGGUGACAAGGCCAUCUAUGACUUCCUGAUAGAGGAAAGUGUCCGUGUGGAUCGAAAACGUGAAAUGGCCGUGAGAGGCAGAGUGAACCCAGACGAUCAAGACUCAUAUGGCAACACUGUCCUGCACAUGGUGGUCAUCAACAACCAAAAGGAGAUGUUGAUACAUGUUGUACGUCACAGCAUCAUGCCAGCAAACAUAGCGAUCAGAAACAACAACGGUCUGACAGCGCUCGAACUCUCCUUCCGACUAGGUCGAUGUGCCCUGUUUGAUACUCUCUUGGAUCUAGGUAGCCAGAAGCAGUGGACCUACGGACCUCUCUCCUACGUGGCCUAUCCUCUACCGGGACUUGACUCCAUCGGUCCCAAUGGACGCCUUGAUGAGAAUUCUGCCCUAAUGACCAUCGUACGUUUUGGACAGGCACAGCAUCUAAAGAUGUUGGAGGUACAAGUCGUCCACUUUCUUCUUCAAGAAAAAUGGCAGCGUUUUGCUCGACAACGCCUCAUCAUGAAGUUCACCAUCACCGUGGUGCAGCUAGUAGCCAUGUGUAUCGUGUCGUUCGCAAGGAAGAGGAUAACACCAGGAGAUGAAGAUAGAGCACAAGAGAAGAAGUUCUUCAGCGGACAACACUUCAAGGAAAUAACAUUGACUCCUACGGUCAUUGCAAGGUAUAUAGCCGAGGCUGCCGUUAUCUUCAUCUGUAUAUUGAGGAUGGGGGAAUCGGCUAUGGAGAUCAAUUCAAGGCGUUCCUUCAAGAGCUACGCUAAGACACUGAUUGAGAAAGGCGUUUGUGAUAUUAUAUCUAUUUCACGUAAAAAUCGAGCUUCCGAGAAGGGCUUCAUGAUCAUAGCAACCAUUCUCUUUCUCCUCUGCAUCCCGUUGAGGUUCCUUGGUUACAAGUGGGAAGAAGAUGCUCUUAUCAUCAUUGCAAGCCCCUUGUCGUGGAUAGCUAAUCAAAGCCUUGGUCCUUUGGUUGUCAUGUUUGGACGAAUGUGUCUCGGUGAUAUCGCCAAGUUUUCCAUUCUGUACUCAACCUUCGUAUUGAUGUUUGCAGCUGCAUUCAACAUUGCAGUGGACAGUGACGAUAACUUUAAAGAUUUCGAGGACUGGUUUGAAUCGAUAGCCACAACAUUCUGUAUGACCUUGGUUGUCAACACGAAGGACCAUGCCAAACACCCUGGAAUAGCUAGUUUUCUGAUGGUCCUGUUUGCAAUCCUUGUUCCUAUCCUCCUGCUGAACAUGUUGAUUGCCAUGAUGGCCAAGACUUACUCAGAGAUCAUGGCCAGAGCGCUGAUGGAGUGGAAGAGACAAUGGGCAAUGAUCGUACUUCAGGCGGAGCGUACAGUAGACCCGAAGCAGCUGGCCCUAUACCAGAAAGCAUACUCGGCAUCCAUUACGUUUGAUCACCCACAAGCAACCAGUAAAGAGACCAACCGUACCAACUUCUCAAAGAGUCUUGCUCCACCCACCCUCCUAACGGUUGGUACCGAGCUUCCAGGGCCGAUUGAUAUACGAGAGAGGCGCCGAUCGUGGGUGACACUCGCUCGAGAACAGGAACAGAUCGACAUGGAGGAAGAGCAGAAUCUGCUAAGACGUAGACAGGAUGACUUGCUGCCAAUGGCUACAAUGACUGGCAAGGGAGUCAGCUGUAGAGCUAUACUCAUUGAGAAGCUAAUAAAUCCCAAACCAGAGGCAGCUUAAGACUAUUAUUCAUCAUCAACGGUUUAUUUGCUUCUCCAUCUAAUUUUUCUUCGUUAUAAUCUUCUUCAUCCUCCUCGUCUACCACGUUUCCUUUUCAGUUCCACUGCUACCUAGUGAUAUUACUAUUGCUUCAAGUUGUGCUGCUCCUUCUGCUGUAACAAGUAGUUGUAUUAGCAACCCUACUUCAAAUAAUACUACAAAUACUACUACAACAUCUACUACUACUGCUGCUGCUGCUACUAAUAUUACUACUACUACUAUUACU